ACUAACCUCCAUACCAUAGGUUCGGAUUAAGUAAUCUUAGGUUCGGUUGAGAACUGGAAUGUAUAAACUAGUAAGAUAUCAUCGGGUUUUCUUUUCUCUCUUUCCUUCUAAAUUUGAUUACUCACUUCGAAGAAGAAGAUGUUUUAGGAGUAUAAAUUAGGAGUAGAUUCUCUCUCUCCCGGUUUAAGUUUGAGCCUUCAUCUACUCUUCCCCUUUUGAUCAAAACAAAAGAAGAAGAAAAAAAAACCCUAGAAAUUUGGUAUAUCAUUUUUUAGUUUACAACUAUAGAAUCAGUAAAUCUCUUGUAUACCAUUCGAAAUUUCUGUAGUUGCAAGUUGAAUUAGGGUUUAAGAGAUGAAGAUCGAGUUUAGUUGGAAUCCUGGAUCGAUAAUGUAGGCUUUGUAUGCACUUAAAGUGAAUUGGAUCGUUUAGUGUGAACAAGCUUUCCAAUUUUAUGUUUAUUAUUUUGUUGGAAGUUAAACUAAAACAUGGCGCAGAGUAACUGGGAAGCAGAUAAGAUGCUUGAUGUUUAUAUUUAUGAUUAUUUGUUGAAAAGAAAUUUACAUGCUUCUGCAAAGGCCUUCAUGACUGAAGGGAAGGUGGCUGCGGAUCCAGUUGCAAUUGAUGCUCCUGGAGGAUUUCUAUUCGAGUGGUGGUCUGUUUUUUGGGAUAUUUUCAUUGCUAGAACGAAUGAGAAACAUUCUGAGGUUGCUGCAGCUUAUAUUGAGACACAACAAAUCAAGGCGAGGGAACAUCAACAGCAGUUGCACAUGCAACAAUUACAACUCAUGCAACAACGACAUGCACAAUUGCAAAGGAGAGAUGGUAAUCAUCCGUCCAUUGGUGGACCUGUGAAUGCUAUAAACUCUGAAGGAAUGCUGGGGCAAUCCACAGCUAGUGUCUUGGCAGCAAAAAUGUACGAAGAACGCAUGAAACACCCUCACUCAAUGGAUUCAGAGACAUCUCCACAACUUAUUGAUGCUAGUAGAAUGGCUCUUUUGAAAUCAGCCACUAAUCAUCCAGGUCAGCUGGUCCAAGGUAACCCUGGGAGUGUGUCGGCGGCUUUGCAGCAAAUUCAGGCACGAACUCAGCAGACUACUGAUAUCAAAGGUGAAAUUAACUUGGGUGUUAAUCAGAGAUCUUUGCCAAUGGAUCCUUCAUCGAUUUAUGGACAAGGGAGCAUGCAAUCAAAAUCCGGAUUAGGUGGUGCUGGAUUAAAUCAAGGUGCCAGUGGUCUUCCAUUAAAGGGCUGGCCUUUAACUAAUCAAAUUAUACCGGGCAGUUUAGGCUCGCAAGUGCAGAAAACACCUUUUAUACAGGCACCAAAUCAAUUUCAGUUGUUGACUCCCCAUCAACAGCAGCAGCUCCUGGCUCAGGCUCAGGCUCAAGGCAAUCUUGGCAGUUCACAGAAUUACGGAGAUAUGGAUUCCCGAAGAUAUAGGGUUUUACCCAGAGGUAAUAUGAACUCAAAGGAUAGUCAACCUACAGGAAAUGACGGAUCUAUUGGUUCUCCAAUGCAAGCAAGCUCGCCGAAGGUUAGAUUAUCUUCUCAAGAUCAGGCAGAUUAUCUAAUGAAGAUGAAGAUGACCCAUAUGCAACAGUCUUCCUCUCAGCAACUAACAGACCAGCUGCAGCCACAACAACUGCAACAGAAUAACAGAAAAAGGAAGCAGACUACUUCUUCUGGGCCUGCUAACAGUACUGGUACAGGAAAUACAGUGGGCCCUUCUAAUUCCCAACCUUCUACUCCAUCCACUCAUACACCUGGUGAUGGAGUGCCUAUGGCAGCUAAUUUGCAGCAUGUGAACAGUAUGCCGAAAAGCUUAAUGAUGUACGGUCCCGAUGGAACAGGUGGUCUCGCAUCGUCUUCUAAUCAGCUGGAAGACAUGGAGCUUGGUUCGUUGGAUGAUAACGUUGAAUCAUUUCUAUCACAAGAUGAUGGCGACGGGAGGGACCUUUUCGGCACAUUGAAAAGAAGUCCUAUUGAGCAUAAUACUGAGUCUUCUAAGGGUUUUUCAUUCAGUGAAGUGGGCUGUAUACGUACAAGCAACAGCAAAGUAGGCUGCUGUCAUUUCUCAUCUGAUGGGAAGUUGUUAGCUAGUGCCGGGCAUGAGAGAAAGGCGGUACUUUGGAACAUGGACACACUGCAAACAGAGAGCGCUCCUGAAGAACACACACUUCUAAUUUCAGAUAUUCGUUUUAGACCUAAUUCAACUCAGUUUGCAACAUCUUCAUUUGAUAGAUCUAUACGACUUUGGAAUGCAGCGGAUCCUACUUAUUCUUUAGGUCAAUAUACUGGGCACAGUGCUAAUGUAACAUCACUAGAUUUUCAUCCGAAGAAGACUGAGAUUUUCUGCUCUUGUGAUGCUAACGGUGAAAUUCGAUAUUGGAAUAUCAAUCAGAGUGCAUGUUCACGAGUCUCCAAGGGUGCUACAGAGCAAGUGCGAUUUCAGCCAAGAAUUGGACAUCUACUUGCAGCAGCAGCUGAGAGAGUGGUCUCCAUUUAUGAUGUGGAAACUGACAGGCAAACCCAUGCAUUACAGGGGCAUUCUGGUCCUGUCCGUUCUAUCUGCUGGGAUGCAAAUGGAGACUAUUUAGCAUCAGUUAGUGAGGAUUCUGUGAGGGUUUGGUCCUUGAACUCAGGAGAGUGCAUUCACGAGCUUAGUUCCAAUGGGAACAAGUUCCACUCUUCUGUUUUCCAUCCAAGCUAUUCUACCCUCUUGGUGGUUGGAGGGUACCAAACAUUAGAGUUAUGGAACAUGGCAGAGAAUAAGAGCAUGACGAUACCAGCGCAUGAAGGCCAAAUAGCAGCUCUUGCACAGUCACCUGUCACUGGGAUGGUUGCUUCUGCAAGUCAUGACAAAUCCGUUAAACUGUGGAAAUAAGAUUAGGGUGGUUUCCACUUUCCUGUCUCGGGACACUAUGGGAUAUGCCCACACUAUCUGAUUUCUUUGGACCAUCACCACCGUUACCACUAUCAUAAAGGAGGUAGGUUUUACAGAGGUAGAUAUUGAGGAAAAGGGGACACUUUCAAUUUUUGCUUUCCUUUGGCAGUUUCAAACAUAAUAAAUUUCGAGGGGAAUAUGGGUGAUUGAGAAAAUCACCCCAUAGGGUUUGCCCUGGGGGUCAAGAGAAAAUGUGUACAUGGGUCCGAUGGCAGGUGUGUACGAGUUGUUUCCAUGUACUUCGAGCAAAAGAAAAAAAAAAGUUGAACCAAAAUGGCAGUAGAUCCAGUACAUUGGGUUGCUGAUCUUACAUCUUUUUUUUUCCCCUUAAAAAAUCCAUCUGUGUAUUAUUUGCUGUGCUUGGGAAAGAAUCCAUGUCUUCACAAGUUGAGUUUUUACAUGAUUCAAUCUACCAUGGCUUCAUUACUUUUUAACUGGAAAUCUUAUAAUAAGUUUUUUUUC